AUGGUGGAAUGCUCUUCAGAUUCUUCAGAAGGUGAUACUCCCGUUAUUGUCCAAGCACCCAUUAAAACCAUGGCAUCAAUAUCAGCAUCUUUGCCACCAAUAUCUGGUUCUGCGAAAUAUAACUCCAUAAGCGAUUUUCCAGAUAUUCCGUACUCCGUAAUUUCAACUAAAUGCCUAGGAGAACUUUACUCUGAUCGAAUUUGCUUUAAGUUGCCACCACACGUUGCCAAAAUCUACUGUCCAUUUAAUUAUCAUACCGGCGAAGAGAAUCAGAUCAUCCUUUCUAUAGUUCCAGCCAUUGUUUCUAUACCUCUGGAAAUCAAUGGUCAGGGGAUAAUUUAUACAGGACAAGAAAUCGACAUUACUGACAGAAUGAGAAAUGGAGACAACCAUUUUGUCUUCAAUACAAUGAACCUUAUUGUUACGGUCGUUGCUUCAGUACAAUGGCGAAUGUCCCAGAAUUAUUCUUUCCUAGUUAACAAAAUUAUCGAAGAACAUCCACCAAUGAUCCUUCCAAUUGGAUCUCAAUUUACUACUACGAAAUGUCCUCUUAGUAAUGAAGAAAUCCGAUACCCAGGGCGUGGAUGUCUCUGUACUCACUCGCAGUGCUUUGAUUUGAUGAACUUUCUUAAGCACGCGAAUGAGACAGGUAAUUGGGGCUGCCCUGUCUGUGGUCUCACUCUCUAUGACCACUUUAAGACACGAUCCGGAGUUUUUGAAGAAUUGCUCUCUUCACUUGAUUCCUGA